AUGCUUCUGGAUGUGACAUUGUAAUUCUGGGAAGUGAUUUUGAAAGAUUACAGAUUAUCCCAGGAACGAAACACGGAAAUAUCCAAGUGGGGUGUGUUGACUGUUCAGUGCAGCAAGGCAAGAUUGCAGCAUCCUAUGGAAAUGUUAUCUCUAUCUUUGAACCAGUUAAGCUGCCAAAACAAACGAAAAAUUUGGAAUUUUAUAGUCAGUGGCAGAAAAGUGGUCAGUUUUUUCUGGAAUCAAUAGCACACAAUAUAACUUGGGAUCCCACAGGCAGUCGUCUGUUAACUGGUUCCAGCUGUUUGCAACUCUGGUCCAAUACUAACUUACCAAAACAAACUGAAGAUGAAAAUCCAGAUGGAACAGAAAAUAACUUUGAGGAUUGGAGGUGCAUUUGGCAUUGCAAAACUGCUUCACAAGUUCAUUUGAUGAAAUUCUCACCAGAUGGAGAAUUUUUUGCCACUGCUGGGAAGGAUGACUGUCUCUUAAAAGUUUGGUAUAAUGUAGAAAACUGGCGGACAGCUGUUACCUCUCCAGAUAGAAGUUCAGAAAAACAAUCCCAAGGAGAAAUUGACUUUUCUUUUGUAUAUCUGGCUCAUCCUCGAGCAGUAGAUGGAUUUUCCUGGCGUAAAACAAGCAAAUAUAUGCCUAGGGCUUCUGUAUGUAAUGUACUAUUGACCUGCUGCAAAGAUAAUGUGUGUCGACUUUGGGUAGAAACAUUUUUACCAAAUGAUUGUUUGUUGUACGGAGGAGACUGCAACCGUUGGUCUGAACCAAUUAAUUUAACAAAUAAUUUCAAAAGAAAUGCUUCCAGUAAAGAAAGAGUUCACAAUGCUCUAGAAAUAAACCUGAGGCAUUUUCGGAGAGGUCGGAGGAGGUCACUUGCACUUGUCGCGCAUACUGGCUAUCUGCCUCACCAACAGGAUGCACACCAGGUCCACAGGAACACUCCACUGCACGCCAAUGCACUCUGCCACUUUCAUAUUGCAGCCAGCAUCAACCCAGCCACAGACAUUCCACUUCUUCCAUCUAUAACAUCUCUGAGUUUAAGGGAAAAUCAAGAAGAGAGUGGACCUUUUGUAGUACACUGGUUAAACAAUAAAGAGCUGCAUUUUACUUUGUCUAUGGAAGUCUUCUUACAGCAACUUAGAAAAAGUUUUGAACAGCCAUCUUCUGAGGCCAGUAUGGAAGACUCCAAUCAGGCAGAUGUAAAAUCUGAUGAAGAAAUGGAUGAUGGUGCUGAUGAUCUGAAAAUAAAUCAUGAAAAGAAGGAACUGGGAGAAGAGAAAAUGGUACCAAACUCAAGUUUUGCACCAUUACCAUCAGCUGCCAUUGAUCAUGAGAUUGAAGUACUUCUGUCUGAAUGGAGCAAAAAUGCAGACAUGCUUUUUAGUAUCCAUCCCAUGGAUGGUUCUUUACUAGUUUGGCACGUAGAUUGGCUGGAUGAAUACCAGCCUGGAAUGUUUCGCCAAGUACAGGUGUCCUUUGUUUCGAGAAUUCCUGUAGCUUUCCCUACAGGUGAUGCAAACUCUCUCUGUAAAAGCAUAGUAAUGUAUGCUUGUACCAAGAAUGUUGACUUGGCUAUUCAGCAAGGGCGACAAAAGCCCUCUAGCCUCACUCGAUCUACAUCAAUGCUUAUCUCUUCUGGUCAAAAUAAAUCAUCUAAUAGCUUAAAAUUAAGUAUUUUUACCCCUAAUGUUAUGAUGAUUUCAAAGCAUGCUGAUGGCUCUCUGAAUCAGUGGCUAGUAAGUUUUGCUGAGGAAUCUGCUUUUUCUACAGUUCUUAGUAUUUCUCACAAAUCCAGAUACUGUGGUCAUCGUUUUCAUCUUAAUGACUUAGCUUGCCACUCAGUAUUGCCAUUAUUACUGACAACAUCGCACCAUAAUGCAUUAAGGACACCAGAUGUUGAUAACCAAAAGAAACCUCAUGAUAGUGUAAAUAUUGAAGAAUGUUCUCUGGUACACCAAAAUAAAAGCACUGCUGAUGUGGCAUUUCAGGAUCCCAAUGCAGUUUAUAGUGAGCUUAUUCUUUGGAGGGUUGAUCCAGUUGGGCCAUUGUCCUUCUCGGGAGGAGUGUCUGAGCUUGCCCGGAUCAAUUCUCUUCAUGUUUCUGCCUUUUCCAAUGUGGCAUGGCUUCCUACUCUUAUACCCAGUUACUGUCUCGGUGCAUACUGUGACUCUCCCAGUGCUUGCUUUGUGGCUAGUGAUGGACAGUACCUGAGGUUAUAUGAAGCAGUCAUUGAUGCCAGGAAACUUCUGUGUGAGCUCUCCAACCCAGAAAUUGCUAAAUAUGUUGGUGAAGUGUUUAACAUUGUCAGUCAGCAGUCCACAGCCAGGCCAGGAUGCAUUAUUGCAUUAGAUCCCAUUACCAAACUUCAUGGCCGAAAAACCCAGCUUCUUCAUGUGUUUCAAGAAGAUUUCAUUUUGAAUAACUUGGAGAAGAAAAGUCUGGGGAAAGAUAACAUUCCAUCUGAUACAGGCAGCUUAUCUAAUGGAUUUUCUGAAAAAUUCUACCUGGUUGUGAUAGAGUGUACUCAGGACAACCGUUCACUGUUACGCAUGUGGAACUUACAUUUAAAAUCAAUUCCUGUCUCGUUGGAUGAAAGAAUAGAUAUGAAAAUUUCUGAAGUAGUUUGGCAACCAGAAGAACAUUAUUCUUCUUCUCCGGAGAAGAUCCCAACUCCAUUUGCACAGAAGUUUCAGGCUUGCAGAGCCAAUCUCCAGAGCACCAGCAAGUUGUCUCUGUGUUCUGAAAUGGUGUACAGCCAGGAGUUGCAGUUGCCUGAAGGAGUUGAGAUCAUAAGUGUGAAGCCAUCAGCAGGACAUCUGAGUUCUUCUUCUAUAUAUCCUGUAUGCAGUGCCCCUUACUUAUUGGCCACUUCGUGCUCGGAUGAGAAAGUAAGGUUUUGGAGAUGCCGAGUAACAGAUGGAGAACCUGCUACCUCAAAGAAUGGAAAAAUAGAUCUUACGUACAUUUGGGAAGAAUGGCCAUUGCUUAUUGAAGAUGGACUUCAGAGCAAUAGUAGUAUAUCUGUACCGGGUAGGCCUAUAGAAGUUAGCUGUGCACAUACAAAUCGUUUAGCAGUGGCAUAUAAGCACCUUGCAUCUAAUGGUAGAUCUUCUCAGGACGUUGUGAUGCACGUGAGUAUUUUUGAAUGUGAGUCUACCGGAGGCUCAUGUUGGGUCCUUGAACAGACAAUUCAUUUAGAUGAUUUAAGCACAAUGUUGGAUUCUGGCAUUAGCAUCGAUAGCAAUUUAGUGGCCUAUAAUAAGCAAGAGACCUAUUCAUUCAGUAAAGAAAGUAUUACAACAAACACAAAGCAUUUAGUUCACUUGGACUGGAUGUCUAGAGAAGAUGGUUCUCAUAUCCUGACUGUUGGAAUUGGAUCAAAACUUUUUAUGUAUGGACCUCUGUCUGGCAAGGUACAAGAACAUAUUGGUAAGGAGAGCCUAGCAUUUCCUCUGUGGGAGAGUACUAAAGUUGUGCCUCUUUCUAAAUUUGUCCUCUUACGAAGUGUGGACUUGGUUUCUUCUGUGGAGGGCUCCCCCCCUUUUCCUGUUUCUUUGUCGUGGGUCCGGGAUGGCAUCCUGGUGGUAGGAAUGGAUUGUGAAAUGCAUGUAUAUUCCCAGUGGCAGCCAUCUUCUAAACAAGAACCUGCCAGGACAGAUUCGUACGGUGGGAGCACUCCUUCUGUACUCAGCUUAGUAAGACAGAGCAACUCAUCAAGUUCUGGGCUCCAGCCUACAAAGAAAACUCUGACUCGAUCCAUGACUAGUCUUGCUCAGAAAAUCUGUGGGAAGAAGACUGCCCUGGAUCCUUCAGUGGAUAUGGAAGAUUCAGGACUCUUUGAAGCAGCUCAUGUACUUUCCCCAACCUUGCCUCAGUACCAUCCCUUGCAGCUUUUGGAACUUAUGGACCUUGGCAAGGUUCGGAGAGCAAAGGCCAUCUUGUCACAUCUGGUCAAGUGCAUUGCUGGGGAGGUUGUGGCUCUGAGUGAAGCUGAGUCCAAUCAUGAUCGCCGUCUAAGGUCUCUCACCAUCAGUGCUAGUGGAACCACUACCAGAGACCCCCAGGCGUUCAACAAGACUGAAAGUACAGAUUACACAGAAAUAGAUUCUGUUCCUCCACUUCCUUUAUAUGCCUUGCUUGCAGCAGAUGAUGAUAGAUGUUACUCAUCUUUGGAGAAAUCCAGUAAUGAGAGUUCCUUCAAUAAAUCAAACCAGUUGUCCAAAGAAAGUUAUGAUGAGCUUUUUCAGACUUCAGCUCUAAUGCCUGAUAUUCAUGUGUUAGAAUCAGGGGAAGAAAAUACAAAGCCCAGAGUCAUUGACCUUUCACAGUACAAUCCGACUUACUUUGGACCUGAGCAUGCUCAGGUUCUUUCUGGCCACUUACUGCAUUCCAGUCUACCAGGACUCAGCCGGAUGGAGCAGAUGUCUCUGAUGGCCUUGGCUGACACAAUUGCAACAACAAGCACUGAUAUUGGAGAAAGCAGAGACAAAAGCCAAGGUGGAGAAACGCUUGAUGAAUGUGGGUUAAAGUUUCUUCUGGCUGUUCGGCUCCAUACCUUUCUUACAACUUCCCUUCCAGCCUGUCGAGCCCAACUCCUUCGCCAAGGCCUGUCUACCAGUCAUUUUGCUUGGGCAUUUCAUUCAGUAGCAGAAGAAGAACUACUGAACAUGUUGCCUGCAAUGCAGAAGCAUGACCCCACCUGGUCUGAAUUAAAAGCCAUGGGUGUGGGGUGGUGGGUCCGGAAUAAGCGAAUCUUACGCACAUGCAUAGAAAAAGUAGCUAAAGCAGCCUUUUAUAGAAAUAAUGAUCCUUUAGAUGCUGCCAUUUUUUACCUUGCAAUGAAAAAGAAAGCUGUUAUCUGGGGAUUGUACAGAUCUCAAAAGGACACUAGAAUGACACAAUUUUUCGGACACAAUUUUGAGGAAGAGAGGUGGCGUAAAGCAGCUCUGAAGAAUGCAUUUUCUUUGCUAGGCAAACAAAGAUUUGAACAUUCUGCAGCAUUUUUUCUUUUAGCUGGUUGUCUGAGAGAUGCAGUUGAGGUAUGUCUUGAGAAACUGAAUGACAUUCAGUUAGCUCUUGUAAUAGCAAGACUAUAUGAGUCUGAAUUUGAUAAAUCUACAACAUACAAAUCAAUUUUACGGAAAAAAGUUUUGGGCAUUGAUUCUCGUGUCAGUGAACUCAGUUCAUCGGACAUAAGUGUGCAUUGUGAUCCUUUCCUUCGGAGUAUGGCAUACUGGAUUUUGGAAGAUUACAGUGAUGCUCUGGAAACAUUAAUAAAGCAACCAGUGAGAGAAGAUGAUGAUCAAGUCUUGGUGUCAGCCUGUAAUCCUGCAGUUUUUAAUUUUUAUAAUUACCUAAGGACACACCCUGUUUUGCUGAGACGUCAUUUUGGAUCAUCUGAUACGUUUUCCACACAGCUGGGUUUACCAGGACAGAGUGGAUUGGCAGGAACCAUUAGUUUGAGUGAAAGAAGGUUAUUCUUUACUACUGCUAGUGCUCAUCUAAAAGCUGGCUGUCCUAUGUUGGCCUUGGAAGUAUUAUCAAAGAUGCCCAGAGUCAUCAAGAAAAUAAAACCUUUUUGUAGAGCAUCUGGUUUUCUGGAUAGUAGUAAAGAUUCUUCUCCAGUGAAACUGGAUGCAAAAGAAGAUAAAUCUUCUGCAGUUAACUGGUCCCAGUCACUGACAAAUGGUUUUGACUCUUCUUCAGAGGGCUCUUCGGAGAAGCAGUCCAGCUCCACGCUUUCUUUCGAUUGGAGCCAGCCAAGUGUUGUGUUUCAGGAUGAUUCUUUAGAGUUAAAAUGGGACAGUGAUAAUGAUGAAGAAAAUGAGGAUCUCCCUAUUUGCAUGAAAGAACUGAAACCAUUACAGAGAAAAGUAGAUGCAAAAUUAGAUGAAGUAAGCAGUUAUACAGACUCUUUUAGCACCCUAGAUGAAAAUGACAUUUUAAACCCAUCUGAAGAUAUAAUUGCUGUUCAGUUAAAAUUUAGAGCAUGUUUAAAGAUUCUCACAGUAGAACUUCGUACUUUGUCUACUGGCUAUGAAAUAGAUGGUGGAAAAUUACGUUACCAGUUAUACCACUGGCUUGAGAAAGAGGUGGUAGCUCUUCAGAGGACAUGUGACUUUUGCUCAGAUGUGGAAGAACUGCCCACCACAGAUGGCAAAAAUAGAGAUGAAUUUGGAUUCAGCAAGGACGCUGAUGGUUUGCACCACCAAACAAAAGCGAAACAACUGAGAGAGAGUUUUCAGGAAAAGAGACAGUGGCUCUUGAAAUAUCAGUCACUCCUGAGAAUGUUCCUUAGUUACUGUAUACUUCACGGCUCCCAUGGUGGGGGUCUUGCAUCUGUAAGAAUGGAAUUGAUUUUGCUUUUACAAGAAUGUCAGCAGGAAACAUCAGACCCACUGUUUCCUAGCCCUCUGUCAGAGCAAACCUCAGUGCCUCUCCUCUUUGCUUGUACAGCCAGUGCCAAAACAGUAGUUGCCAAUCCAUUAUUGCACCUUAGUAAUCUGACACACGAUAUUCUACAUGCCAUUAUAAACUUGGAUUCACCACCUCAUCCGGAUAGCCAAAGCAAUAAAGUAUAUGUAAUGCAUACUUUAGCAGCCUCACUUUCUGCUUGUAUUUACCAGUGCCUUUGUGGUAGUCAUAACUACAGUUCAUUUCAGACAAAUCAGUUUACUGGAAUGGUCUAUCAAACAGUACUGCUUCCCCAUCGACAUUCUUUGAGAACAGGAAGCUUAGAAGAAGCAGUCACUCCCAACACAGCACCAGCUCAAUGGCCAGGAAUAACUUGUCUAAUUCGCCUUUUGACCUCUUCUGGUGAGGAAGCCCAGUCAGGCCUUACGAUCUUGCUCUGUGAAAUCCUCACGGCAGUCUACCUUAGUCUCUUCAUCCAUGGCCUGGCCACACAUUCCAGCAAUGAACUCUUUCGGAUUGUGGCCCAUCCUCUAAAUGAAAAAAUGUGGUCUGCAGUAUUUGGUGGCGGGGCCCGUGUGUCCAGCAAAGAACAGACUCACACAAAAGCUUUACCUGGUCAGUUUUCAAUCUUUUUUUUUUCUUCCUUUUAUUCAUGUGAGUGUAUUGGCAACACAUUACACUUCUGUACCAUGGCCUGCGUGACACUGCUGCCUUUUCUACCCCCUUCCCAAAGUAGACCAGAAUAUGACUCCGAGGAGAGUCUGGAAAGUGAUGAUGAUGAUAACGAAGAGGAUGUGUUAGCAUCAGAUUUUCACCUUCAAGAGCAUUCUAACUCAAAUUCAUAUAGUUGGUCUUUGAUGCGGUUGGCUAUGGUACAAUUGGUGCUCAACAAUUUGAAGACUUUCUAUCCCUCUGCAGGUCAUGAUCUUGCAGAGCUUCCAGUCAGUUCACCUCUUUGUCACGCAGUUCUGAAAACUCUUCAGUGUUGGGAACAGGUUCUUCUCCGACGUCUUGAAAUUCAUGGUGGACCACCUCAAAACUAUAUCUCGAGUCAUACGUCUGAAGAGAGUUUGUCUGCAGGCCCUGCAAUUCUCCGCCAUAAAGCUUUACUGGAACCUACAAAUACUCCUUUCAAAUCCAAACAUCAUCUAGCACUAUCUGUGAAAAGGCUUUGGCAGUAUUUGGUGAAGCAGGAAGAAGUUCAAGAAACGUUUAUCAGAAAUAUAUUCACAAAGAAACGAUGUCUGAAUGAGUCAUUAGAGGACAACAGUGAAACCAUCAAAAAUUCUAUGAUGGAGGAGCCAAACAUCAAUAAGAUAGAAGCAGACUUGGGAUAUCCUGGAGGUAAAGCAAGGAUUAUCCAUAAGGAAUCUGAUAUCAUUACUGCCUUUGCUGUUAAUAAAGCAAAUAGAAAUUGCAUAGCUAUCGCCUCUAGCCAUGAUGUUCAAGAACUGGAUGUUUCUGGAAUUCUGGCUACACAGAUAUAUACUUGGGUAGAUGAUGAUGUAGAAAUGGAACCCAAAGGGUCAGAAGAUUUCUUGGUCAUCCAUGCUCAUGAUGACUUAACAGCUGUUCAAGGUACAACUCCAUAUACACAUAGCAAUCCUGGCACCCCAAUCAACAUGCCAUGGCUUGGUAGUACCCAGACUGGCAGAGGAGCAUCCGUGAUGAUUAAGAAACCCAUUAAUAAUGUCAGAAGAAUGACUUCUCACCCAACUCUUCCUUACUACCUGACAGGAGCUCAGGAUGGCAGUGUCAGAAUGUUUGAAUGGGGACAUUCUCAGCAGAUAACUUGCUUUCGGUCUGGUGGCAAUUCAAGAAUUACAAGAAUGAGAUUCAACUACCAAGGAAAUAAGUUUGGAAUAGUGGAUGCUGAUGGAUAUUUAAGUUUGUAUCAAACAAACUGGAAAUGUUGUCCGGUUACUGGGAGCAUGCCUAAGCCAUACCUGGUCCCCUGUGCUAUGGCCAGCACUGCUCAGCUGCAGUUCAGCCAGGUCCCCUGUGCUAUGGCCAGCACUGCUCAGCUGCAGUUCAGCCAGGCUCCCCUGUGCUAUGGCCAGCACUGCUCAGCUGCAGUUCAGCUAGCUUUUACCUGCCAUGAUAGUGGAGCCACUGUGUUAGCAUAUGCUCCCAAACAUCAACUACUGAUAUCCGGUGGCAGAAAAGGCUUCACAUGUGUAUUUGACCUUCGACAACGCCAGCAAAGGCAACUCUUUCAGAGUCAUGAUUCUCCUGUUAAAGCUAUUGCUAUUGAUCCAACUGAAGAGUACUUUGUUACAGGGUCGGCAGAAGGCAAUAUAAAGAUCUGGAGUCUUUCUACCUUUGGUCUUCUCCACACUUUUAUCAGUGAACAUGCUCGGCAGUCCAUUUUUAGGAAUAUUGGGACUGGUGUGAUGCAGAUUGAGACGGGACCAGCAAAUCACAUUUUCUCUUGUGGAGCUGAUGGGACAAUGAAGAUGAGGAUACUGCCAGACCAGUUUAGCCCCUUUAAUGAGGUGUUAAAAAAUGAUGCAAAACUUGUGCUGUAGCAGAAAAGCUUAUAACUUAUUACUUGUUUGAUGGAUGUGGCCAACAAAAGUAAUGUCCACUAUGCCACAAAUAAGCCACUGCUUCCUUGUUUCUGUAUCUAUGGAGCUUUCUCCCACGCACUGAUGCCUUAAAAAUUAACAAAGUCACUCAAAUUAGAUCAUAUUGCCUAACGUAGGAUGAAUAAGCAGUGCGGUAACCAUUCCUGUUUAUAGUCUAUUAUAGUGUGUUAGAGUUAAAGGAAUUCUGUUUUCUUACUGGUGACACACUUCUGCAAAUACCUCUGCAUGACAUUAAGUAAAGGCAGUUGCACAUAAUCCAUAUCACUUAAUUUGCAAUGUUCUCACUUCUUUUAUCGGACUUAUACCUUUCUAACUUCCCUUAAUUAGUGACGGAUCAAUAUUUGAGUAAGAAUCAAACACAUAAUUAAAUCUCUGUUGAAACUGUCCUUGGGACUUCGGUGAUUAAGGAGCCGAAUGGUUUAUUGUGUCAGGUUCUCACCAGUGCCCUCAGGAGCCCAGCUGUAUGUGUGUAAAUGUUUCUGUGUGUGUGUGUGUGUUACACAUCUUAUUUGAAUUUAGUUUCAUAUAUAUAGUAUAUACAUAUAUAUAUACACACACACAUAUAUACGUGUGUGUAUAUCUAUAUAUACAAAUCUACAAGAUUUUCAUGUGUUUUUGUGCCAUAAUGACUGCUAUCAGAAUAACAACUUCUUUAGCAACUAUGUUUUUCCAUUACUUUUUUUGAAUUCCCAUCCUAAUUUUAUUAAAAUAAAUCUUCAGACUUCCAAGAGUAUUAUUUUAAAGAUUACAUUGAGUAAAACAAAUCUUACUAGGAAAUAUUUUCUGUUGAUACUUAUACUUACAAGUGAGUUUGUGAGUUUGUCAGAGUUUUGAGCAUCAAACACUUAAAUUUUAUUUUUACCUUAUUUCUCACAUUUUUAGGUGCUUUCAUUCUCACAGUUCUGAAAACCUUAUAGCAGUGUUUUUAGAAACAAAUGUGAAAAGAGUCAGUAGAUAGUAUUCACAAAUGUAAAAUGCCCCCCCCGAGCUACCAUUAAUAGAAAAUAAACCUUAUAUUUUAUUAUUUUUGCCAAAAUAUUUUAUUAUUAAAUAUGACCAAAAUAUUUAAAAUGCACAAUGUUUUUAACUUAACUAUGCUUAUUCUAUUUCUGUCUGUUUUGUGCUAUUCCCUUUCUGAUUCAGAAUUUUAGGAAACUUGAUAAAUACUUGAUCUUAACAAAGGAGACUGAGGUAGAAACAACUAAGUAUAUACGAAAGUAUUGUAUGCUGUUUAGCCUAAAUUUAUUUUGUUUAGUUGGAACUAUAAAUUAAGAGCAUUUUUAUGUAAUGAAAUAUGGACAGUUGUUAUAUUGAAAAUGAAAGAGUCAAAUAAAGCAAAGAAAUGAAGGGCUGGCAAAAUGAAUUUUGUAAUAUCCUCAGGAUACUUUUGUUAUAAAAGUAUAUUGCUAAAGAUUUUGUAAAUUGUAUUUCAUAAUUUUAAAUGUAUUGAGCAGGUUGCAGUGAUAACACUGUCAUUAUACAGAGAGUUUAUUUGCACAGAAGAAGCUGCACCUGUGGGUCACGCACUAACAUAUUCCAUGGGGAAAUCUGUGACAACGUCGCAAACAAUUCUGCUGUUUGCUGUAGUUAGCUUAAGGUAUUUUUCUGUGAUUUCUUCACAAAUCAAGAUUCAAAAGGCUUUAAACACUAUUGUUCAAUGAGAUAGACAUUUUACUGUUGUGCUUGCUAGAACAAAAGGCAUUGGGAAAGAAACUAUGAAGCAUUUUAAUGAGGAUUUAUAUGAAUAAACCAUAAAUUAUGUAAGAUCCUAUGUAUUUACAUUCAGAGUCAUAAUAUUUUAAAUAAAUAAUCAUGCAGUUA